AUGGUGACCCGAAAGAACACGAAGAAGGCCAUCGAGUUCUCCCUAAUGGUAUGCGGUUCUUCAGGGACUGGCAGGACUACAUUCGUCAACAUGCUUUGUGGGAAGCGAGUGCUGGAACACAUGGAUCCAGACGAACCCAUGGGACAAGGACUUCAGAUCAGAACAACAACCAUCGAGCUUCAACUGGAAGAAGAGCAUACCUGCGUCUCCCUGACGAUCGUCGACACACCAGGAUUCGGAGACGAUAUCGAUAAUGAAGCUAGCUUCGCCAAGAUCGUCGGUUAUUUGGAGAAACAGCAUGAUGAUCAUCUCAUGGAAGAGUCGCGAAUCAAGCGAAAUCCCCGCUUCAGGGACAACAGAGUUCAUGCCAUGCUCUACUUCAUCACUCCAACCGGCCACGGUCUCCGCGAACUCGACAUCGAGCUCAUGAAGCGCCUUGCUUCCCGUGUCAACGUCAUCCCAGUUAUCGGUCGCGCCGACUCUCUUACACCUUCCGAGCUCGCUCAGUCGAAGGAACACAUUCUGGAGGACAUUGAGUAUCACCGCAUUCCCGUCUACAAUUUCCCUCACGAUGUCGACGACGACGAGGAGACGAUCGAAGAGAACACUGAGCUGCGACGCCUGAUGCCUUUCGCGAUUGUCAGCAGCGAGGAGGUCAUGGAAGUUGGUGGUCGGAUGGCGCCCGUGCGAACAUAUCCAUGGGGUUGCGUGGAGGUGAACAAUCCGCACCAUUCAGACGUUUUAGCAAUUCGAUCUGCGUUGCUGCAUAGUCAUCUGGUAGAUCUCAAGGAGAUCACAUAUGACGUGCUGUAUGAGGAUUAUCGAACAACGAAGCUUUCCAAGGUCCUUCAGCGUGACGAUAAAGGCGAAUCAACCCCGAACCAAUGCGAUCUUUCCGAGCAAAUGAUACUUCUACAAGGAGAAAAACUUCGCAAAGAUGAGGAAAGACUCCGGGAAGUUGGAUUGAGGCUUCAGCGCGAGAUUGAUGAUAAGCGACAGGAACUUCUCGUGCGUGAAGCCAAGUUGCGUGAGAUGGAGGCCAGGAUUCAGCGGGAGGCUGGAGGAGCUGCUGGAAAGCCGGACAGAGCGUCGUCUCCUGUCGAACGAGACGCGAGUUGA